GGCGCUAGGGGGCAGCACGACUAUGGCGCAUUUCCUGUGGAUCUUUUUGGUCACAACACGGAGAGGAGGAGACAGCCCUGGACCGUCGUCGAUCGCCUUUGCGUGACAACACUCGGAUUGCGCUCAGGCUUCGGGUCGACCCUUCUGACCGGCACCAUGUCCGACUUACUGAGAUACAUCGACUACGAUCACAAAGCCACGUUCCUGAAGAUGCUAAACCAGCAGCGCAUGGAGGGGGAGCACUGUGACGUCGUGGUCGUGGUGGAAAACAUCGAGUUCAGGGCGCACCGCUGCGUCUUGGCCGCGUGCAGUAACUACUUCAAAAAGCUGUUUAAAAAACAGAGUGACGAAGACAACUCCAUCGUGGAGCUGGACUUUAUCCGCUCGGACAUUUUCGAGGAGGUGCUGAACUACAUGUACACGGCACGACUGGCUGUGAGGAAGAAGGACAUCAACAUGAUGAUGUCCUCAGGACAGAUCCUGGGCAUUAACUUCCUGGAUAAUCUGUGCACACAGAAGAGAGAGCUGACCAACAUGAAGACCCGGGAGAACCAAGCCCCCGGAGACCAUGGCAUGAGGGCUCAGGAUGCCAUCCUGAAAGAGCUGGCCAUGGAGGAGGUGAGGAAGAACAGCUUCUACGACCAGGGCAUGGACAGUAUGGCUGCUACCGCCUCCCAUGUCACCCAGCCCCACACGUACAACACCAACAUCCCAAAAGACCCCCAUACCCAUGGCUGGGGCGCAGCCACCACCACAGAUAUGAAGCUGGAGUAUUUACUGUACGGCCACCGCGACCAUGGUGCUCUGCAGCCACCUGGACCCAAACCCAUAGACCAUAACGCCAAAAAGGAGCGUCUGCUGACCGCCAACCGGCCCUAUGCCUGCGAGCACUGCCCAAAAGCCUUCACCACUGCGGCACAUCUCAAAGAGCAUCUCAAGAUCCAUUCGGGCUUCAAACCGCACCGCUGCGUGGUCUGUGGGAAAGCCUUUAUCCGAGGGCCCGACCUAAAGAGGCAUGAGCGUGUUCAUAGUAAUGAGCGUCCGUUUGCCUGUCAGCUCUGUGAAAAAGCAUUCAAACACAAGUCUCACCUGAAAGACCACGAGAGGCAGCACCGAGGAGAGCGCCCCUUCAACUGUGGCUCCUGUGACAAAGCCUUUAUAAAGGCCUCGGACCUAAAGCGCCACUGGAACACCAUGCACAGUGCCAACCCGCGAAGACAGAUGGCGCUGUCCCCAUCUGCCACGCACGGACAGGACCCCACUGAUCAGAGAGACUGGAAACUGGAGACGGGGCCGCAUUCACACAACUCAGGGGACUGCUGAGGCCCGGGUCAGUACUCAGUACUACUGUAGUACUACUGCAGUACUAAUUCAGUACUACUGCAGUAGCACUGCAGUACAGCCUGAGAUACACAGGCUGUGAGCGGACACAGAGCAUGUUUGGACUGUGGGCUGUACCUUUAUUCUAAGUCAUCUCUCACCUGUGAAACAUGUACAUGUUUAGUUCACCUUUCAGAGAAUCACACAGGUCUGUGUCAUUAUUACUUUACUUUUAUGGCCUAUGUAACAUGAAUUGUUUGUUUAACUUCCUGGAUUUUAUGAGAUGAGAGAUGAGAUGUUCUGCAUAACAUUUGUUGCAUUGAGUAUAUUCAUGUGGAUGUUUUAAUGGAUGUUUAGUUGUACUGAUUGCUAUUACACUGUAAGUGUCUCGUUCAGCUUUGGACACAAACCAAAGUCUUGGAGUGUGGAUGGUGUCGGCCGUACAGUUACUGUUAUACAGUAAUGCGGCUCCUCUAACAGGUAUGUACCAUGUAAAUACUGUAGCUUAGGUUGUUGCACAAUAGAGAACACACUAUGGAUUUAUGCACAUAUAACAUGUCCUAUUCCCACUUUGACAAUAAACACCAUUUGCUGUG